UGUCACCAUGGCGGGAGCCACGCCACCAGCGGGGCCAGCCGGAUCCCAGGCCGGGGCUCCAGGGACGCCCGACCAGCCCUACGCCUGCCGGGAGUGCGGGAAGGCUUUCAGGUGGUCCUCCCGUCUGGCCCACCACCAACGCAGCCACACGGGAGAGCGGCCCUACAAGUGCCCCGAGUGCCCCAAAGCCUUCAAGGGCUCCUCCGCCCUCCUCUACCACCAGCGGGGCCACACGGGCGAGCGGCCCUACGCCUGCCCCCAGUGCGGCAAGGCCUUCAAGCGGUCCUCCCUCCUCCAGACCCACCAGCGGGUCCACACGGGGCUGCGGGCCUUCGAGUGCGCCCAGUGCGGUCUCACCUUCAAGUGGGCGUCCCACUACCAGUACCACCUCCGGCAGCACACCGGCGAGCGGCCCUACCGCUGCCCGGCUUGCCCCAAGGCCUUCAAGAACUCUUCCAGCCUCCGCCGGCACCGGCACACGCACACCGGCGAGCGGCCCCACGCCUGCCCCGUCUGCGGCAAAGCCUUCGCCCAAGCCACCAACCUCCGGCAGCACCAGCGGGUCCACACGGGGGAGCGGCCCUACGCCUGCACCCAGUGUGGCAAGACCUUCACCCACUCCUCCAACCUCCUCCUCCACCGACGCACCCACGCCACCACCCAGUCCUACGAGUGCCCGACCUGCUCCAAGGCCUUCGUGUCUGACACCUGCCUGCAGAAACACCUACAGAGCCACACCGCCAUGCCACCGCUCCUCCCAGCCCCCGCCACCCCACCAGAGACGCUCUGGAGUUGCUCCACCUGCCCCCUGAGCUUCACCAGUGAGGAGGAGCUGCUGGGACAUCAAAGCAGCCACUCGGUGACAAUCGUGACGCCGCCAGCCACCCCUCACCAUUGCCCCACCUGCGGCAAGACCUUCAAGAACAGCUCGGGGCUGGCCCGGCACCGGCACGGCCACGCUGCUGAGCGGCCCUUCAAGUGCACCGUCUGCCCAAAGACCUUCACCCAUUUGACAGGGCUGUUGGGCCACCAACGCAGCCACCCAGCCGCUGUCCCACCGCGUCCCCUCCCCGAGGCUCCUCACCCCCCAGCAGCGUCCCAGCCCGCUCCGGAGCGCCCUUACCAGUGCACUGAGUGCGGCAAAGCCUUCAAGGGCUCCUCGGGGCUGCGGUACCACAUGCGGGACCACACGGGCGAGCGGCCCUACGCCUGCCGCGAGUGCGGCAAGGCCUUCAAGCGGUCCUCCCUCCUCCAGACCCACCAGCGGGUCCACACGGGGCUGCGGGCCUUCGAGUGCGCCCAGUGCGGUCUCACCUUCAAGUGGGCGUCCCACUACCAGUACCACCUCCGGCAGCACACCGGCGAGCGGCCCUACCGCUGCCCCGACUGCCCCAAAGCCUUCAAGAACACCUCCUGCCUGCGCCGCCAUCGCCAGCUCCACACCGGCGAGCGGCCCCACGCCUGCCCCGUCUGCGGCAAAGCCUUCGCCCAAACCUCCAACCUCCGGCAGCACCAGCGGGUCCACACGGGGGAGCGGCCCUACGCCUGCCCCCAGUGCGGCAAGACCUUCACCCACUCCUCCAACCUCCAGCUCCACCGACGCACCCACUCCGCCGCGCGCCCCUACCGCUGCCCCCUCUGCCCCAAGGCCUUUGUCAUGGCCUCCUACCUCCAGCGUCACCUCCGCACCCACGCCCCCGGUCCUCGCGGGACUCCCCGCCGUCCCCCUCUGCCUCCCCCCGAACCCCAGACCUUCCUGCUGGUGCAGACCCCCCAGGGCCUGCAGCUCAUCCCCAGCCCCCCGACCCCCCCGCGGAAGCUCCUGCUGCUGCCCAGUGCCCCAGCCGAGCCCCCUGCCUUCACCCUACUGCCUGCUGAGGGUCCCUCACCCCAGGCGGGGAAGGGCCCCCGGGCGUUGGGACCCCCUGCCGCUGGGCAGAGCAUCCUCUUGGUACCAGGCACGGGGCAGGCGCUGCCCGGCAUCCAGCUCCAGGCCGUGGCAGGGACCCCGGCGGGGGCCAGUGUCAUUGUCCUGAGGGGUGGCGUUGGCAGUGUCCUCCCCCUGCGGGCACCGCAGCCCCCCGAGGUGAGCAGCGUCCAGCUGCAGGCAGCCGAGGUGACCAACGUUCAGCUGCAAGCCCUGCCACAACCCUUGGAGGUCACCAAUAUCCAGCUCCAAGCUGCCGAGGUGACAAACGUUCAGCUCCAAGCUACAGAGGUGGCAAGCGUCCAGCUCCAAUCCCUGCCGCAGCCCUUAGAUGUCACCAACAUCCAGCUUCAAGCUGCUGAGGUGACGAACAUCCAGCUCCAAACCCUGCCACAACCCUCCAAAGUGACCAAUGUCCAGCUCCAAGCUCUGCCACAGCCCUUGGACGUCACUAACAUCCACUUCCAAGCUGCCGACGUGACCAACGUCCAGCUCCAAGCUCUGCCACAACCCUCCGAUGUCACCAACAUCCAGCUGCAGGCCACAGAGGUGACAAAUGUCCAGCUGCAAGCCCUGCCACAACCCUUGGAUGUCACCAAGAUCCAGCUCCAAGCCCUGCCACAACCCUCCAAGGUGACCAACAUUCAGCUCCAAACCCUACCGCAACCCUUGGAUGUCACCAACAUCCAGCUGCAGGCCACCGAGGUGACAAAUGUUCAGCUCCAAGCCGUUCCACAGCCCUCGGGCAUUACCAACAUCCAGCUCCAAGCCCUGCCACAGCCCUCAGAGGUGCCCAGUGUCCAUCUUGAGGCCACAGAAGUAUCUGACGUCCAGCUGCAGACCACAGAGGUGACAGAUGUCCAUCUCCAGUCCACGGAAGUACCUGACAUCCAUCUCCAAGCCACAGAAGUGACCAACAUCCAUCUCCAAACUACAGAGGUGCCUGAUGUCCAGCUUCAGGCCACGGAGGUGCCUGACAUCCAGCUGCAGACCACAGAGGUGCCCAGCAUCCAGCUUCAGGCUAUGGAGGUGCCUGAUGUCCAGCUCCAGGCCAUGGAGGUUCCUGAUGUCCAGCUCCAGGCCAUGGAGGUGCCCGAUGUCCAGCUGCAGAGCACAGAGGUGCCUGACGUCCAGCUCCAGGCCAUGGAGGUGCCUGACGUCCAGCUGCAGACCACGGAGGUGCCUGAUGUCCAGCUCCAGGCCAUGGAGGUGCCUGACGUCCAGCUGCAGAGCACAGAGGUGCCCGAUGUCCAGCUCCAGGCCACAGAGGUGCCUGAUGUCCAGCUCCAGGCCAUGGAGGUGCCCGACAUCCAGCUGCAGACCACAGAGGUGCCCGAUGUCCAUCUUGAAACCACUGAGGUGCCCAGUGUCCAUCUUGAAACCACUGAGGUGCCUAACAGCCAUCUCCAGACCACAAAGGUGACCAGUGUUAACCUGCAGGCCACCGAGGUGACCAACAUCCAUCACCAAACCAUGGAGGUGCCCAGCGUCCAUCUCCAGGCCGCAGAGGUGCCCAAUAUCCAUCUCCAGACCAUCUCCACCUCCACUGAGGUGCCCAGUGUGUGUCACCAAACCACUGAGGUGCCCAGUGUUCAUCUCCAAGUCACAGAGGUGCCCAGCCUCCAUCUCCAGACCAUGGAGAUGACCAAUGUCCAUCUCCAAGACACUAAAGCGUCCAGUGUCCGUCACCAAAUAAUGGAGGUGCCUAACAUCCAUCUCAAGAUCACGGAGGUUCCCAACAUCCAACUGAAGACGAUGGAGGUGGCAGAUGUGCAUCUCCAGGCCACAGAGGUGCCCAACACCUGUCACCAAAUUUUGGAGGUGCCCAGCGUCCAACUCAGGACCAUGGAGAUGCCUAACAUGCAUCUCAAGACCGCAGCGGUGCCUGGUGUCCAACUCAAGACCACAGAGGAGGUCCCCAACAUCCAACUCAAGACCAUGGAGGUGGCCAACGUCCAACUCAAGACCAUGGAGAAGGUGCCCAACAUCCAUCUCAAGACCAUGAAGGUGCCCAACAUUCAACUGAAGACCAUGGAGCUGCCCGGUGUCCAACUCAAGACCAUGGAGGUACCCAACAUCCAGCUCAAGACUGUUGAGGUGCCCAACGUCCAACUCAAGACCGUGGAGGUGCCCAGCGUCCACCUCAAGCCCACGGAGGUGACAAAUGUCCAUCUCCAGGCCACAGAGGACCCCAACGUCCAGCCACAGCCCCCUGAAGUGCUGGUGGCAGGCGGGGGGGCGCCCUCCUCCCAAUCCCCACGGCUGGCAGUGGUGGGGACGGCCGGGGGGCUGCCCCCCGUGGUGCUGCUGCGGGGGCGCCCCCCCGCCUGCCCCGUCUGCGGCAAAGCCUUCGCCCAAACCUCCAACCUCCGGCAGCACCAGCGGGUCCACACGGGGGAGCGGCCCUACGCCUGCCCCCAGUGCGGCAAGACCUUCACCCACUCCUCCAACCUCCAGCUCCACCGACGCACCCACUCCGCCGCGCGCCCCUACCGCUGCCCCCUCUGCCCCAAGGCCUUUGUCAUGGCCUCCUACCUCCAGCGUCACCUCCGCACCCACGCCCCCGGUCCUCGCGGGACUCCCCGCCGUCCCCCUCUGCCUCCCCCCGAACCCCAGCUUCCGAUCUUGGUGCAGACCCCCCAGGGCCUGCAGCUCAUCCCCAGCCCCCCGACCCCCCCGCGGAAGCUCCUGCUGCUGCCCAGUGCCCCAGCCGAGCCCCCUGCCUUCACCCUACUGCCUGCUGAGGGUCCCUCACCCCAGGCGGGGAAGGGCCCCCGGGCGUUGGGACCCCCUGCCGCUGGGCAGAGCAUCCUCUUGGUACCAGGCACGGGGCAGGCGCUGCCCGGCAUCCAGCUCCAGGCCGUGGCAGGGACCCCGGCGGGGGCCAGUGUCAUUGUCCUGAGGGGUGGCGUUGGCAGUGUCCUCCCCCUGCGGGCACCGCAGCCCCCCGAGGUGAGCAGCGUCCAGCUGCAGGCAGCCGAGGUGACCAACGUUCAGCUGCAAGCCCUGCCACAACCCUUGGAGGUCACCAAUAUCCAGCUCCAAGCUGCCGAGGUGACAAACGUUCAGCUCCAAGCUACAGAGGUGGCAAGCGUCCAGCUCCAAUCCCUGCCGCAGCCCUUAGAUGUCACCAACAUCCAGCUUCAAGCUGCUGAGGUGACGAACAUCCAGCUCCAAACCCUGCCACAACCCUCCAAAGUGACCAAUGUCCAGCUCCAAGCUCUGCCACAGCCCUUGGACGUCACUAACAUCCACUUCCAAGCUGCCGACGUGACCAACGUCCAGCUCCAAGCUCUGCCACAACCCUCCGAUGUCACCAACAUCCAGCUGCAGGCCACAGAGGUGACAAAUGUCCAGCUGCAAGCCCUGCCACAACCCUUGGAUGUCACCAAGAUCCAGCUCCAAGCCCUGCCACAACCCUCCAAGGUGACCAACAUUCAGCUCCAAACCCUACCGCAACCCUUGGAUGUCACCAACAUCCAGCUGCAGGCCACCGAGGUGACAAAUGUUCAGCUCCAAGCCGUUCCACAGCCCUCGGGCAUUACCAACAUCCAGCUCCAAGCCCUGCCACAGCCCUCAGAGGUGCCCAGUGUCCAUCUUGAGGCCACAGAAGUAUCUGACGUCCAGCUGCAGACCACAGAGGUGACAGAUGUCCAUCUCCAGUCCACGGAAGUACCUGACAUCCAUCUCCAAGCCACAGAAGUGACCAACAUCCAUCUCCAAACUACAGAGGUGCCUGAUGUCCAGCUUCAGGCCACGGAGGUGCCUGACAUCCAGCUGCAGACCACAGAGGUGCCCGACAUCCAGCUUCAGACCAUGGAGGUGCCUGAUGUCCAGCUCCAGGCCAUGGAGGUGCCUGACGUCCAGCUCCAGGCCAUGGAGGUGCCUGACGUCCAGCUGCAGAGCACAGAGGUGCCUGACGUCCAGCUCCAGGCCAUGGAGGUGCCUGACGUCCAGCUGCAGACCACGGAGGUGCCUGAUGUCCAGCUCCAGGCCAUGGAGGUGCCUGACGUCCAGCUGCAGAGCACAGAGGUGCCCGAUGUCCAGCUCCAGGCCACAGAGGUGCCUGAUGUCCAGCUCCAGGCCAUGGAGGUGCCCGACAUCCAGCUGCAGACCACAGAGGUGCCCGAUGUCCAUCUUGAAACCACUGAGGUGCCCAGUGUCCAUCUUGAAACCACUGAGGUGCCUAACAGCCAUCUCCAGACCACAAAGGUGACCAGUGUUAACCUGCAGGCCACCGAGGUGACCAACAUCCAUCACCAAACCAUGGAGGUGCCCAGCGUCCAUCUCCAGGCCGCAGAGGUGCCCAAUAUCCAUCUCCAGACCAUCUCCACCUCCACUGAGGUGCCCAGUGUGUGUCACCAAACCACUGAGGUGCCCAGUGUUCAUCUCCAAGUCACAGAGGUGCCCAGCCUCCAUCUCCAGACCAUGGAGAUGACCAAUGUCCAUCUCCAAGACACUAAAGCGUCCAGUGUCCGUCACCAAAUAAUGGAGGUGCCUAACAUCCAUCUCAAGAUCACGGAGGUUCCCAACAUCCAACUGAAGACGAUGGAGGUGGCAGAUGUGCAUCUCCAGGCCACAGAGGUGCCCAACACCUGUCACCAAAUUUUGGAGGUGCCCAGCGUCCAACUCAGGACCAUGGAGAUGCCUAACAUGCAUCUCAAGACCGCAGCGGUGCCUGGUGUCCAACUCAAGACCACAGAGGAGGUCCCCAACAUCCAACUCAAGACCAUGGAGGUGGCCAACGUCCAACUCAAGACCAUGGAGAAGGUGCCCAACAUCCAUCUCAAGACCAUGAAGGUGCCCAACAUUCAACUGAAGACCAUGGAGCUGCCCGGUGUCCAACUCAAGACCAUGGAGGUACCCAACAUCCAGCUCAAGACUGUUGAGGUGCCCAACGUCCAACUCAAGACCGUGGAGGUGCCCAGCGUCCACCUCAAGCCCACGGAGGUGACAAAUGUCCAUCUCCAGGCCACAGAGGACCCCAACGUCCAGCCACAGCCCCCUGAAGUGCUGGUGGCAGGUGUGCGCAGGCGUGCAUAUGUGUGCAAGCAUGUGUGUCUGCACGUGUGCGUGCAUGUCAGUGUGCGCAGGCGUGCAUAUGUGUGCAAGCAUGUGUGUCUGCACGUGUGCGUGCAUGUCAGUGAGUGGGCAGAUGAGUGUGCACAUAUGUGCACAUGA